AUGCCUCGUGUAGCCAAAGCGACUGGGAAAAAUAGACACGACCCCCUGCAUGUCCAGCUCGGAGAGGAUCAGCUGCAUGAAAAAUAUGGCCGCAUAUCACGGCCUGGGAAGCGGACAAAGUCGAAGGCGAAGGGGGACGACGGAGAGGAAGGAGGGGAUGUUAUACUAGAUCCGAAGACGUCCAGACGUAUCUUUGAGCUUGCGCGAGUGCAGCAAGAAGAGCUGGGCGUAGACGAGGACGAGGACGAUGAGGAUGGGCCUGAGCCUGAUUUCUCGGUACCCCGGACGCAGGACAUGGAUGAAGACGAUGAGGAUGUCAUGGAUAAAUUCGAAGACGAAAAUGCCGGGUCAGACAUAGAAGAAAUCGAAGUGGAUGAGAGUGACCUGAAAACUCUUGAUGCAUUGCUUCCUGCAGAUGCUGCGGAACGGCGGACACUCGCAGAUAUCAUCUUUGCCCGGUUGGCGGACGCAGAGGCUGGGGUGAAGCCCACGCCUCGCCGGUCUGGACGAGAUCCUGCAAAAGGCCCUGACCCCGCUGCAGGUCUCAACCCAAAAGUGGUCGAGGUGUACACAAAAGUGGGCCUCAUACUGUCACGCUACAAGUCCGGCCCCCUCCCCAAGCCAUUCAAAGUGAUCCCUUCCCUCCCCGAAUGGGCGCGCAUCCUCGCGCUCACCCGCCCCGAGAGCUGGUCACCUCAGGCGUGCCACGCCGCGACGCGCAUCUUCAUCUCACAGCUGAAGCCCCCGCAGGCGCGCGUAUUCCUUGAGGGCGUGCUGCUCGACGCGAUCCGCGAGGACAUCCGGCUGACCAAGGAGGGCGCGCGGAAGCACAAGAUGAGCCGCAAGCUAAACGUGCACUACUAUGAGAGCCUCAAACGAGCGUUGUACAAGCCCACUGCGUUCUUCAAGGGAAUAAUCUUCCCUCUGCUGGACAACGGCUGCACUUUGCAAGAAGCCGCGAUUGUCGCUUCCAUUCUCGCGAAGGUGAAAGUGCCCGUGCUACCAUCCUCUGCCGCCCUCAUUCGGCUAGCAGAUAUGGAAUACUCAGGCCCGAACUCCCUCUUCAUCCGCGUCCUCCUCGACAAGAAGCACACGCUGCCCUACAAAGUGAUCGACGCGCUCGUCUUCCACUUCAUCCGGCUCUCGAACACGUACAAGGCGCGCUCUGCCGGCGAGGCAGAGAAGCUGCCCGUGCUCUGGCACCAGAGUCUUCUCGUCCUUUGCCAGAGGUACGCGUCGGACCUCACGCCAGACCAGAAGGAUGCACUACUCGAUGUCGUCCGCGCGAACCCACACCCGCAGAUCAGCCCCGAAGUGAGGCGGGAACUGAUCAACGCUGUCUGCCGAGGACAGCCGCGCCCUGAUGGCGAUAGCGAUGUGGAAAUGAGCUGA